CGACGUUUUGUUGUGUGUGAUGCCAGAUAUGGCGAGUGUUACGGCGGGCAAGUCACAAAAAAUUUGGUGCAUGAGGGCAAGCACACUAUGUAUAGGAUGGAGGUUCUUUGUUGCUUUGUGCUGCUUGUUGCUCUUUACAUCUCCUAGCCAAGCAACUAGGAAAGGGGUUCAUCGCCAUCCAUCGUCAAAUUGGGCAAAACACACUCAAGAAUUGAAGGCAUCUACACCAUUGAGACUUGACAUCACACGGACGCAUGUGGUGAUGGACAAUGGAUUGGUGAGAGUGACACUGACCAAUCCAACCGGAGGAAUUGCAGAGAUCCAAUACCAUGGAAUCCGCAACGUACUCGAAUCUGGCUUUAAAGAAACAAACCGAGGGCUAACAGCAACAAGCUUCAGAGUAAUAACAUCAGACCAAAAUCAAAUUGAAGUCUCCUUCACAAAAACGUAUGAUCCCAGAGAUCAUUCUAGUGUUCCUUUGAACAUAGAUAAAAGGUAUGUGAUGUUGUCUGGCCAAUCUGGAUUCUACACGUAUGCGAUUUACGAACAUCUUAAAGGAUGGCCUGACGUAGACAUCGGCGAAGCUCGAGUUGCUAUCAAGCUGCAAAGGAAAUUGUUCAAUUACAUGGCAAUAUCAGAUGACAUACAAAGAAAAAUGCCAAACGACAAUGAUCGUUCCACCGGACAGACCCUCGACUAUAAAGAAGCAGUUUUAUUAACCAACCCAUCAAAUCCAAGUAUGAAGGGCGAGGUGGACGAUAAAUACCAAUAUUCGUUAGAAAGCAAGGAUAAUAAAGUACAUGGAUGGAUUUGUGCCAAACCACAUGUCGGGUUUUGGGUCAUCGCGGGUGGCAACGAAUUCCGGUCUGGAGGGCCAAUAAGACAAGACCUCACCUCUCAUGCUGGUCCAACCGCCUUAUCGAUAUUUUUCAGCUCGCAUUAUGCCGGUUAUAACUAUGGUGUAAGCUUGAGAAACGGUGAAGCCUGGAAAAAGGUCUUCGGCCCUGUGUUUAUGUAUCUCAACUCUGAUCAAGGAAAUGAUCCCAAAUCUCUUUGGGAAGAUGCUAAGCGUCAGAUGGAUGUAGAGACUAAAAGUUGGCCUUACAAUUUCCCAAAGUCUGAAGACUACCCAAGUGCUAGUCAACGCGGUACAGUUACGGGUCGAUUGCUCAUCCGUGAUAGGUAUCCGAGUAAAGAGCUUAUCCCAGCAAAAGGUGCAUAUGUAGGCAUGGCCCCACCAGGAGAAGAUGGAUAUUGGCAGGAAGAUGCCAAGGGCUAUCAAUUUUGGACAGAAACAGAUGAUAAUGGGUAUUUCAAGAUCAAUGCAGUAAGAUCUGGAACUUAUAACUUGUAUGGUUGGGUUCCUGGAGUUCUUGGAGAUUAUAGAAACAAAGUGGAGAUUAUGAUCAAACCAGGAGAAGAAACCAGUCUAGGAGAGCUUGAGUUUGAUCCUCCUAGAAAUGGUCCAACCAUUUGGGAAAUUGGCAUCCCCGAUAGAAAAGCUACCGAAUUUUUUAUCCCUGAUCCUUCACCUGGCCUCAUGAACUACGCUCUGCUCAAUCAUACCGAAAAAUUUAGGCAAUAUGGAUUGUGGGAUCGUUACACGGAUAUAUAUCCUUUUGAAGAUUUGGUCUAUACAAUUGGAGAAAGUGAUUACCGAAAAGAUUGGUUUUUCGCUCACGUCAAUAGGAAAGUUGGGGACGACAAGUAUGAACCAGCGACAUGGAAAAUUUCAUUCCAACUCGAGAAUGUUAGCCCGACAAGAACCUAUACACUCUGGAUAGCAUUAGCUGCCACCAACUUAGCCAGGAUUGAGGUUUUGAUAAACAAUCCGAAUUCACGCCCAAGAUUCUCAACAAACGGAAGUGGAAGGGACAAUGCCAUCGCAAGACAUGGGAUUCAUGGACUGUAUACACUUGCGAGCUAUGAGUUUUCAGGAACUUUACUUUUGGAGGGAGAAAACACAAUAUAUUUGCGGCAACCAAGAGGAGGCUAUCGCUUUAACGGUGUCAUGUAUGACUACAUCCGUUUGGAAGGGCCACGCUUCUGAUGAGACAUGUAUAUAUACAUACACACGGAGGGUGGAAAGACAAUGUCAUUUAUUUGUUUGUUUGUUUGUUCAUGGAAAUAGAUAAUAUAGUAUAUUGUUUAUAGUGCAUGAAGGGUGAAGUGGGGGUGAUUUAUUCUCAAAUAGUAGUUGAUUGUAUUCUUUGAUUUGUAAGUGUAUAUUCUUUCAUCAUUUCCAAUACAAGUUUUGAAAUGAUAAUGAAGUUGAUGUUUGUUA